AUGGACCAAAGCAGCACGGCGCCCCCGGCCCUGGAUGCGGGGGAGCUCCGCUCUGUGUGCCAGACGUGUACAGUCAAGGAGCUGAAGCAGCUCCUGAGGAAUCUGGCGGUUGAUCUCAACGGCUACGUGGAGAAGUCCGAGCUCGUGGACGCCGCUGUCCGCCGCCUGGACCCCGACGCGAAGGCCAAGCUGCGAUUGUUCAGCUACUGCCGGAUUUGCUGCAACUGGUGCCUGGAUGACGACGUCUGGCCCCUCACGUGCGGCCACCUCGCCUGCUUCCAGUGCUUGGGCAUGUACCUCGAGAGCCAGAUCCAGGCCAUGAAGUCCUCCCUGAAGUACCACCUUCCCUGCAUCUACGCCCCGGCCUGCUCCCAUGAGAUGCGGUUUCAGGAUGCCACGUCCAUGAGCGUGGCCCUGCGGAACCUCUGGAAGGACCUCCAGCAGCGCGAGCGCCUCAUCCGCGACGCGAAGUACGAGGUCCUGGAGUGCCCCCAGCCGGGCUGCGUCGGAGUCGCCUACAAGGAGCGCGGCCGGCGCACAGCCAUGUGCUUCCUGUGCGAGCACACCUGGGAAGCCAACGCCAAUGGAACCGACGAAGACGGCCAGAAGCCGAAGUUUGACGGAACCCGGGUUCGCAAGUGUCCGAAAUGCCAGGCGCCGAUCGAGAAGAACGGGGGCUGCAAUCACAUGCACUGCACGCGCUGCGGCCGGCACUUUGAUUGGGCAGCGAGCCAGUCGGCGGGAGAUCCCAAUGCAGCUCCGAGCUUUGCGGGGGCUGGCUCUGCACCCCGGGGUUUCGAAACCUUCAACCAUGCGGAGGACAUCUUCAGGCAGUUUUUUGGCGGCAAUGGGCACCCAGAGACGGAGGCACACCGCGCCCACCGUGCCCACGCGGCCCAGCACGCCGCCCAGGCGGCGCAGGCCCAGGCGGCCCACCAGGAGGCCCACGCCCAGGCGCAGCAGAGGGCGCGUGAGGCACAGGCCCGAGCCACCGCCGGUCCAGCACCCCAGGCUGUGAAUCCAGGAGCCUUCAUCAACCAAUUGGGCAACAUGUUCGGUGUCGACGCGGAGAUGCAACGGCAGGCGCAGCAGGCGGCCCAACAGGCGGCUCAGCAAGCAGCCGCGGUCCACCAGGCUACCAGACAGGUCUUGAGCUUGCUGGAAGAGCAAGAGAAUCAGCUACGAUGUGCUGCCCUCCAGCGCUUGAACGAGGUGGUGGAUCAGUUCUGGCACGAGAUUGCUGACUACCUGAAUGACAUUGAAACGCUGUAUGAGGACCCUUCCUUUCCGGGGCGCGGGAUGGCAGCGUUGGUGGCCUCCAAGGUGUUCUACCAUUUAGAGGAGUAUGACGACGCCUUGCGUUUGGCGUUAGGCGCAGGCCAACUCUUUGACCUGAACCAGCGGUCCGAGUACGUGGAGAAGAUCGUUGCAGUCGCCAUCGACGAGUACGUCAAGUUGACGGGAGACAACUUUGAGUUGGAGAUGAAGAAGAAGGACCCGGUGCCCAUCGACUCGCGCUUGGAGGACGUGGUGAAUCGGAUGUUUGGGCGCUGCCUGGAGGACAAGGCCUACAAGCAGGGUCUCGGGAUGGCUUUGGAGACGCGGCGCCUCGACAAGGUCACUGAAUUCAUCAAGCAGAGUGACACCAUGGCUGACAUGCUGGAGUACGCGCAGCUCUCGGCCAUGACCUUGCUCACCUCCAAAGCCUUCAGGGAGCGCGUCCUGAAGGCCCUAGUCGAGAUUCACACCUCGGUCCAGGAGGUGAACCUUGCAGCGCUGGCGCAGUGCUACUUCAUCCUUGGUGAGCCGGGUGAGGUCGCCAAAAUUCUGAAGGACUUGCUUGGACGCCCGGAGAAGGAGGGCCGCGCGCUUGCGUACCAGAUUGGCUUCGACAUCGUUGACAACGAGAGCCAGCACUUCUGCAACGCAGUUCUCUCAUCGCCACUUCUCAAGGUCAAGGAGCCAGCGCCGGAGCCCCCUGCGGCGCCUGCCGCGCCCGCGGAGGGUACGGAAGCUGCGCCUGAGGCGGCCGAAGCUCCUCCCCCGGCCGCUCCCCCGGUGGAUGAGGGCCCGGCCAUGUCGGAUCAGGUGCUCCGCGCAUUCCCCGUUGACCCUUGA